AUGAAGUUCAUUGCUUUGAGCAUCAUCCGGUGUCCAACUGAUAUGGAGGCAGCGAAGCGUUGUUUCGAUAUUUUGUUCGAAAUGAACGACAAUCUUGGUGAUUUCCUUCAAAACGCAAUGGGUUCAGUGGCGAAACUGUGCAAUGCCAUCGAAUUUCAGUUACGCUAUGAACGUGCCUGGGAACGCAAUCCAGCUGGAAUAGUGCACCUAAUGAAUCUCUUAUUUUCAUUACCAUUCGUUCAGUGGUUUGAGUUUAUUGAUGUCGGUUUAAUGCCGUUAUGCAAGAUGUGCACUAAUUUGGGCAACGAAGGGCAAAUGACCGUGGCGAGUGUUUGGGCUAACUUUGAAGCAGAAUGGUUGCAGGAUCACAUCGGAAUGUUGCAGCAGAUCGAUUUGAUUGCAGACGAAAAUGACGACGACGGAGAGAAUCGUGCUGCGAGAAUGGCCGAGAUCGACGCGUGGGCAGUGACGAACACAUGCUUCCCGCUUACCGAAUUUAUCAAUACAUCACUCAGUGAAAAUUUCUCAGUUGAAGACGAUUUUGUUGCGUAUAAGUCGUUCCAAAACGGUCGUGCAUUCUCGGUUCUGCCUGAAUAUUCUUUCGUGUUAUCACUGGAAGCGAAACAGCGAUUCCUGAUUAUUUACAAUCGAAUCAAACAACGUUCCGAACGACGUCAUGCGAUCGCAGAUGCGAUCACGUACGGAGUGAUGAUCGAGCCCUACCUGAGACUUGCUGUUCGACGAAGUAAUGUCGUACGAGAUGCACUCGAUGGGCUCUCCGCGGUUGCAUUCGACAACGUGGGUAACUUCAGAAAGCAACUUCGUGUCUAUUUUGAUGACGAACAAGCCGUGGACGAAGGUGGCGUCUCUAAAGAAUUCUAUCAGCUAAUAACACAACAACUAUUUUGUCCUGAUUAUGGAAUGUUUAUAUUCAAUGAAAAGAGCGGAUUGUAUUGGUUCAAUUCGCAGUGCACAUUUUGUGAUGAUGAAUAUGGCUUGAUUGGUUUGUUGUUUGGUUUGGCAAUUUACAAUAAUAUUCUGGUGGAUGUUCGAUUUCCGAUCGCUUUGUACACUAAAUUGUUGGCGAGGCCAGCACAGUUCGAUGAACUUGAUGAACUGGAUCCGGUCUGUUUUGCUGUUAAUUUCUUGCGUUCGGGAUUUGUAAUGAUGACCUUAUAUUUAGUUAAGCUAUAG